AUGUGGAGGAGUGGCGUGAUCGUGAGAGUCGGAUUGUUCAAGGCACUCCUUUUGCCGGUCAUCGUGAGAGGAUGAAGGAGUAUAUGGAUUGGUAUUGUAGCAUCACGAGACUCCUCAUUACUCCUGUUACACGAUCACCCCCCACCACUCAUUAUCAGCCGUCUUCCUCUGAUAUUAUUUUGUCACAUGCAUUGGCUGAUCUUGCCUCAAGAUGCACUCGAGCUGUGGAUUCUGCGUUAGAGUUACCUCCCAGUUUGGCCCUUCCUCUCACUCUUGAUACGUUACGCAAUUUGAGUUCCUCUUGCAUUGAGACCUUAUCAAGAGUGGGGCAAGAACAUAUCCUCCAACAAUAUGAUUUAGCCUCGUCUCAGUGUACACCCGACACCUCCACCUCACAUGUUUCUCGAGGGCGUGGUUUUCGACCACCACGUGCACGCCCUCCACCACUUACUCCUCCUCUACGCCCUCUAGCACUUACUUCUCCACACCCUCCACCACCACCUUCUCCACGCCCUCCACCACCACCUUCUCCACGCCCUCCACCUCUUACUCCUCCUGCAUCUCCGCCAGCAUCACAAGUUAUUUCAUCUCCUCCUUUGCAGCUUCUCACUUACCGGCGACAAAAGGGUUGCUCUCCUAGUCAACGUCCCGAGCCAAUUGCCGAGGAGGAUGAGUCCUCAUUUUCAUCGUCCGAGCAUUCAAAGAAACAACGUAGAACUUAGAUUUGAGCUACAUUAGAAAUUUUGUGUAAUCUUUUGUUCUUUUUGCUAGUAUUGGAACUUUUAGAACUUUUAGAAACUCAUGUGUCAUUAUUGGAACGAUUGAACUUUUGGAAAUUUUUUGUUUGCACUCUUC